AUGAAAGUAAUAGGACAAUUUAACCAAGGUUUUAUUAUUUGUGUGUUGGAAAAGAAUGAAAGAACAAAUUUAGUAAUUGUUGAUCAACAUGCAGCUGAUAAAAUCUAUAACUUUGAGAAAUUAAGAAGAGAGUUUUCAUUUCAAAGACAGAUGCUUAUCGUUCCUAUCGAAGUAGAAUUAACAGAAAGUCAAAGUAUAAUUAUAGAAACUUUUAAAUCAUCAAUAGAAAAGAAUGGAUUUAAUAUUAAAGGAAACUUUCUUCAUUCAGUUCCUUUUUAUAAAGGCAAAAUACUCGGAAAGAAUGACUUUUAUAAUUUACUUUCCAAUAUUGAAAAAGAUCCAGAAGAUCUAAAUGUACACUAUUGUGAUCAAUUUAGAAAGAUUAUGGCAGAAAAGGCAUGCAGAGAAAGUAUUAUGAUCGGAAAGGCAUUAAAUACAAAACAAUUAGAAGAUAUUGUUCGUAAUUUAGCUUAUCUUGACUUGCCCUGGAAGUGCCCACAUGGUAGACCAACUUUUAAUAUUUUAGAAUAA